AUGAAUCUUUUCCACUUUACCACAAGAAGGCUGGUUUCUCAAGUAUAUUGUGGACUGAAACCUGCUUCUUCCAAGAAACAAAGGACGUGCUUUGAAAUGGCCCGACCAAGUUCAAGUAAGAUAAGAUUCUGCCCAUGGUGUAUAUUUGUUUUCGUGUCCACACACAAUAUGAUUUCUGUGAAUUGAUUAUUUUUGUUCCUGUUGUAAAUAAUGAAUCUUGAAAUCUUAAAAGUUUGAAACCUUCCAUUUGAAUCACUUGGGUUUGGAGAGAUAUGUUGGUGAAGAUGAUUGUACAGAUGAUGAGAUUUGUUUAAUUACUCCUAUUUUUUAAAAUGUAGCUUAUUAAAUACAAGGGGACAUUAAGGAGAUAUUAAGGAGACAUCUAUUCACCUUCCUGUUUAAGAGUAGAACUGCAUGCUGUCUUUACAAAUGUGUGUGCCUCAAGUCCAUCGGUGGAAAAAGGGAGUAAUUGUGAGGGAGACUUUGUAAAAGGAAAAAUUCUCCCUUACAAAUAUUUCCCAACAGCUGGGCUUUCUUCUGCUUUUCGAGCCCAGCUAGAUUUAAUAACAAAAAAAUUAAAAAGAUGGAGGAGGGAGAAUAUUUGUGUUCCUCAUAAUGUGCAACAGGAUAUUACCAAUGUGAGACAGCUUAUUUUUUUCAAUGUCUGGAAAUUCUGUAAGUUGCUAAUUCUUUAUUUUUAAAUCCAUUUGAGAUUGGUCUUGCUGUUAUGGUUCAACAUAAUUUGUGGUCCUGCUGCUUUUCUUAAAUCUGUACUGCAUUGUGUUAGCCAUGAAUAUAGAAAUGUAAUCAUAAUGGGAGGUAACCCAGAAGGCCACUAACUUGUGAUCCUAAGAAGGCAUCACUAAUUUUACAAGAAUAAAUCAGUUAAAAUAGUUAGUUCCACACAAAGGAGCUCACCCGUACAACUUUCAUUUUUUAAACUUAUUUUUUACAUUUAAAUGCCUUAAAUAAAAUGAGAAGUUGUAUUCUGUUAUGUUUAGACAAGAGUCUGUAUAACCAAGUACUUCAGUUUUGAAUAUCAGCAGGUCAGGUCUUGUUUCUAAGCACUUUCUAGUUUUGCUAUGUAAGAUUCCUUAAUGAGCUGAAAUGGAGGCCUCAUAAAGCAAAGCAUACAUUCCAUUUUAUUUAAUUUUUAAUCAUGAACUGGCUAACCUUUAAAGAUCAAUAGGGUAUAUACUUCAGUACACCGAGUUGCGUCAUGAAUGAAAUUAUUCAUGUGCUACAGUUUUGCUUUUAAAAAAACCCUCCAUUUUAGGACUCAUCAAACUCUUAAAUGUUCCCAGGGUCAACACAUAAACAUAAUUUUGUGUCAGACAUGUCUUCUGAUUAUGGUCUGCAGAAGUUUUAAGAUACAAAAUUAAAGCACAGGCAAAACUAGUCAAGCUCAGAGAGACUGAUUUGUCCAGGUCAUCCAUUCCAGACAUCUUUAAAGCUGAGGAGUUUCAAACUUUGGUUUUCCACUUUCAGAUAAAAAAUAGCUUUUGUAUGUGCUUAAAAUGUGUCAUUUAGAAAUAAAUCUGACUUUUUCAUCUUCUCUUUUUUUAAAAAGGUAUGGCUGAUUUUCGAGAAGUAUUUGCUAAAGCAAAGCAUAUAGCUAUUAUUACAGGGGCUGGUGUCAGUGCUGAGAGUGGUGUUCCGACCUUCCGAGGUGCAGGGGGCUACUGGAGGAAAUGGCAAGCUCAGGUGUGUGCUGCUGACCCGUUUCCCCCCCAGGAUGCUAGAUACUGCUACUUAAUAGCCUUUAAGUGCAAUUCUACACAUAUUUACUCAUAACGAAACCCUGCUGAGUUUAAUGAGGUUUGCUCCCAAAUAAGCAUAGGACUGCAACCCUAGUAGCUUUGAGGGAAUGUAAGGACAUAGUUUUAUUUGUUUAUUAAAACGUUUCUUUCUCUCCUUUUCGUCAGGGAGCCCAAGGUAUUGUAUAUGGUCCUUCCCUUCCUCAUUUCAUCCUCACAGCAACCCUAGGAGGUAGUUAAGGCUCGGAGAUGCUGGCCUGGUUUGCACAACAUGGUAAACCAAACUAUGGCUUAGUUCAGGUUGGAUAUUGUAGCUAUAAAGUCAUUUUGUAGACUUGGUUCCAAAAUGGUGAUUUCAGGCUAAAUAAGUAUCUGCUAGGUCAGAGCUUUUCAAACUUCAUAUUGGUGACACACUUUUUAGACAUGCAUCAUUUUGUGACACAGUAAUUCAGCUUUACUAUAAGAGUACAGGGAGCGUUCGUGGGACACACCUACACACUGCAGCCAACACACUAAUGUGUCGCGACACACAGUUUGGAAAGCUCUGUGCUAGGUGUUUUCUAGAUAUCAGGUUAUACACCUAGGAUUCUGGGAUAAAGAAACAAUUGGCUACAACCCAUUUUUAAGAAUGUAAAGUCUGGCUGUGGUCCAAAUCGGUCCCACGCCUUAAACAAAACACACAGAUUUCCAGAUAGGCAGUGAGCAGAAAUUAAUAGAAACUGGCAGUCUUUAUAUUGGCCAAGCUAGGGAUUGAUUUUGGUUGGUAUGUUAGAUAAAAGACAAAGUAGUUACUGUACAAAGUGGUUAUAUUUGCAGUGGCAGAAAAACUGGAGGGGAUUUUGUGAAGCUGAAUGCAUUUCAGUGUUAUAGCGACACUCUGAUCUAAAUGUUGCAUUGUAUGAAAGCCCUAUUGAUUGGCUUCUCAGUUCUGAAUUGUUAAGUAGUGUUCUGAUCCCGUGUUUUAUAUUGUUCAAUUGAGUUUCUGCUUUGUUAUUGUGUGUGAUAUAAAACAAAGGGUGGCAUUCAUCUAAGUUUUACUCUUGAGUAGAUUCAAUGAAAUUAAUGAACACAACUAAGUUAGGUCUGUUAAUUUCAGUGAGUUUUCUCCGAAUAUAACUUAAUUUAAUACCACCCAAAAGACUUACCUCGAUCUAGAUUACUCCAUUGUUGUCUGUGAAGUACUGAGCACACUGAAACACAGUAUAUAAAUGCCAAAUAUUGUGCUUAUGGCUGCUUGCAAAUGAAUGUGAGGCUUUAUAAUCAGGUAUGGGCAUUCUAUUGACAAAGCAACAAAUGAUUCCUCCCCCUCUACCCCACAGGAACUGGCUACUCCAGAGGCUUUUGCAAGGAAUCCCUCUAGGGUGUGGGAAUUCUACCAUUACCGUAGAGAGCUUAUGAUGAGUAAACAUCCAAACCCUGCACACACUGCCAUAGCAGAGUGUGAGGCCAGGCUAAGCAAGCAAGGAAGGAGUGUUGUGGUUAUCACGCAGAACAUUGAUGAGCUCCACAGAAAAGCAGGAACAAAGCACCUCUUAGAAAUCCAUGGUAAGGAAUCCCCAGCAGUGUGUUACAGAUAUCUCAUUCAGCUAUCCUUUAUUGAUAUUUAUUGUGUUUAUUGAUAUUUCCAAUCAUAAAGACAUGGAAAUUAAAGACCUGAGAAUUAGCUAUGAUGGGACAUUUUCCCUCCCAUUUCCUCUCUCAGGUUUCUUUGAAGGCAUGCACAAGAUGGAACUUGCUUAAUUGCAGCUGGAAGACUGAGGGUAAACAUGUGAUAGCGAAGAAUUGUACCUGUAUUUUUCCUUUACUGAAUUAAAAGCAGAGGAGGGGUUUUGACUGGGAAACGAUAUUUGUUGUGGUGGACGAAGUAUUAAGCAGCAAUGCUGCUUUAAUCAAAUUGGGAAACUGCAUGGCUGCAUUUUAUUAAAAAAGAAAACAUUGGGAAAUUCAAUAAUAGUUCUCCUGUAUAAUGUGUAAAUCAGCCUUGAAAGGCACAUUAGAAAUUACCAUAGAGAGUAGGAACUAAAUUAGUAAACAAAUCAGGGCCCAGAAGGUCGUACACAGCGUUUCGUAUAUGUACUAGCAUGUGGAGGUGUUUCCCUUUCCCAGUGAAACAUCCUUUAUCCGACUGAGCUAUUCUUGAAGGAUGUGGGUCAUUCAAGGGGCUCCAUCAGAAGAGGAAAAAUAGCAGUGCCCCUGCUUUAGGAAUGGGAUUCUGCAGAUUCUGGCUGUAGUAUUUAAUUCACUUCUUUUAAGAAGUUUGUUCAGCGCUUCUACAAUGCAUGAUUUUUAGAAUCUAGAAAAGUAGCCUUACUAAAUCUGCUGUUGACUACUUUGUAGAAUUAUAGAAUAUCUGUGUGUAUGACAGGUAGUCAGAAGAACAAAUAGUUACUUGGGAAAUGGUGAAAAUUAUUAACCUAUGAUAUUUUAUUUAUUUUGGCUUGUCUUUUUGCAGCUCCUGUUGUUUAAACAUUUCAGUAGUCUCCUUUGGCUAGCCAGUAGUUUGUUUCACUAAUAAAUGCUUUAUGAUAUUCUUCCAGGCUCAAAGUGCUGAAUUAGGCAAUUUUCAGUUCUUGUAAGAUAUAUGAGAAUCACACUGCUGGUAUGAUGUGUUAGAAGUUUUGUAUUAUCAACUGUGAAGUCCAUGUUUAAAAUAUGGGAUUGUUAUUUACAGGUAGCUUAUUCAAAACCCGAUGCACCAGUUGUGGAACUGUGACAGCAAAUCACAAGAGUCCAAUCUGUCCUGCUUUGGAUGGGAAAGGGUAAUGGAUCUGUGCUGUGUUACCUACAGUUUGUGUCUGUUGGCUUCUAAUGUAGACAUUUUCUCCUGUCAGAUUAGGUGAACAUUCAGUAGGUGAGAUACUGCAUACUUCAUAGGGUACUGAUCCAGAGGGCCCUUCAACCUUUGGAAGGGGUUUUCCCCCCUGCAGGUGUGGGGGCUGAUGCUUAAAGGGAAUGAUUAAAAGCUCCUGUCCUGCUCAAGAGUAGAGCUGCCUUUCACACCAGUCUGGAUCCCAGUAAUAGUUUAAGUAGUCUGCUCUGAGUAGGACCAGCAUUGAAUACCACUUGAUGAGCAGGAUUUACCUAACCAGGCACAUCAGCAGAAGCCUUGAACAAUUAUUUCUGCUUGCAUAUGGGACUUUGCGUGCCCCACAAAAUUGGCUCUUGGAAGGUUGGGAGAACCCCCAGAACAGUGCAGGGGGGCAGAAGAGGGGGAUUGUUCCAUCUCGCAAGCUGUGGUGCUUGCACAGAAAAAAAGAAUUGGAAGAGCAUGACAUUGAGUUCCACCCCAUGUGAUUAUUAUUAUUAUUAUUAUUAUUAUUAUUAUUACACUUGCAUUGUUCACAAUCUUUAUUUGCAUUUAUAGUGCUCCAGAUCCAGAUGCUGAGGACAGCCAGAUUCCUGUAGAAAAUCUUCCUCGGUGAGUGCUGAGCUGCUGAAGCAUUCAAAAAUUGCAUGCAAAGGAGAUGCUCUGUUACUUAACAUAUUGCAGCAGAAUUUGUAAUAAACUAGAUGAAUAUUUUUAAUUGCUUUGCUUUCUUCCCAGCUUUGUGUCAGUCUAAUAUGUAUCUCCAUAAUUUUACUUGGCAGGUGUGAAGAAUGCAAUGGUCUCUUGCGCCCUCAUGUUGUAUGGUUCGGAGAAACUUUGGAUUCUGAUAUUCUUACAGAGGUUGAAAAAGAACUUGAGAUUUGUGAUCUUUGUUUGGUGGUAAGUGAUUUUUGUUCUGUUUCUUUGUCUUUAAUUUGUUAGAGCCUAUAACUUAGUAUCGGCUCAUGCUUCCCAGGAAAGGAUUCAUGAAGUUAACUGUCAAAUAUAACAGACAUGAAAUGUCAAUAUUUUCACAUAGCACAAGGUUGGGCAUUUGAGUGGUCCAAUUGAGUUGUUCAGUUGAUGGCUCAAAUAUUGUCAACGAACGGUCAGAUCUUUUCAAAGCAUUCAUUAUAUUAUAAUAACAAGCUUCAACAGAGUUUAAACUUGUGGUGAUUACAAAAGGAAGUUAAUUACCAAUAAAUGUGAAGUACCCUUUGCAUUGAGGCUCUUGUCAUAUUUACAGUUUCCAAUAGAAUUGGCAGGUUAUCACAUACCAGUGGCUUUCAGUGGCAUAUGUAUAAAUUAUUUUACAUUACCCACAAUACUUAUUUUAAGGGCGCACAGAAACAUCCUAAACUGUGCUAAUCUUUUAUCCAACCAGAUAUGUCUGUGAUGAUGUAAUAGUAGUCAUAGGUAAAGGUAAAGGUACCCCUGACCAUUAGGUCCAGUCGCGGAUGACUCUGGGGUUGCGGUACUCAUCCUGCUCUAUAGGCCAAGGGAGCCGGCGUUUGUCCACGGACAGCUUCUGGGUCAUGUGGCCAGCAUGACUAAGCCGCUUCUGGCAAACCAGAGCAGCACACGGAAAUGCUGUUUACCUUCCUGCCAGAGCAGUACCUAUUUAUCUACUUGCACUUGAUGUGCUUUCGAACUGCUAGGUGGGCAGGAGCUGGGACUGAACAACGGGAGCUCACCCCGUUGUGGGGAUUCGAACCGCCGACCUUCUGAUCGGCAAGCCCUAGGCUCUGUGGUUUAGACCACAGCACCACCCGUGUCCUGCAGCUGGUUUACAAACCCUUUUUAAAAAAGAUCAAUGCAAUCCUCAAGCUAUAGUAUGAUUAAUGUUGGAAAGGGCAGUACAUGUGGAGGAGCCUGUAGGGCACUUCCAAUGUCUGGUUGAAAAAAUGUGAUAGCUGCACCAAGCCAAAGUUUUGGGCAACUAGGUUAAUGCUUAUGAACCGCUGCAUUUUCUUCUCUUUCUCAGGUUGGAACGUCCUCUAUAGUAUAUCCUGCUGCUAUGUUUGCUCCCCAGGUAUCUGCCAGAGGAGUGGCAGUUGCAGAAUUCAACAUGCAAAGCACCCCGGCCACAGAUAGGUUCAGGUAGCACCCUAAUAUUCUUUAGAACUAGUAAAUGCCAUUAUCUGCAGAAAUAAAUAAGUAAAACCUGCCGUAUCUAAAAUGUUUGCUAGCAAGGCAAUGCAAUUUUCUCACUUGCAGCCUAAUCUGUAGACCAGCAAAUUUGCCAUUAAACUUCUUAAACUCCAUAGAAAUAAAUGGGAUAUCAAACAAAUGUAAAAGAUCUACUGGUUUAUGGAAGGGGGGAUAGGUAAAAGGACUAACAAUGUUCUGAUAUUUGUUUAGGGUUAGGGUUUUGGAAUUAUUUGCUGAAGUACAAUUAUAUUUGAUUAAAUACUAUUUAUAUCCUGAUUCUGUUUCAGGUUUCAUUUCUCAGGUCCCUGUGGAACCACGCUGCCCCCAGCACUUGCACGCCAUGAAACUGAGAUAAUCUCAUGA